AAUCACCGGACGUGGACAUGCGCAGUGCUAUACUUAUGUAAUGCUGGAUGCAACAAAAAUGGCUGAUUUGGAUGAAAUGUGAUGUCGGUAACGAGAUUUAUGCAUAUAUUCGUUACAUGUUAAUGUUGACUGCGUUAUGGUAAAACAAUGACCUCUUACCGAGAUCUACUUAGAGAGAAGCAAGCCAAGAACUGGAUUAAGGCCGCCCUCGCCCUCAACAUCACCAAGGAGGGACUGCACGAGUUUGUCGAGGACGUGCUGACAUGCGUGCAUCAUGAUAUCUAUAAUACGAUCAGAACAUCGAAGAGUCUUCAAUCCGGGGCAAUAUGCUUACAUUGUUUCACCGAGAACGUGUUGCAAUGCCCCACCCGAGGGAUAUGCACCAGUCCUAAAAAUUGCAGAUUUCAUAAGGCCGCAAAUCAAAUGUACGUUCCUUGUCCAAAUGGGAUUUGUGGAGGUGUUCGUAAUGAAAUCAUUCAACACCACAGAUUUACAGGUCCAUCUUGGAUGAACACAAAUGCCGACAAAUGGUGUACCAGCCCUUGGGAGAUCGGCAAAUGUUUCCUGCCUCCUGAUGGCUACAAGACCGUGUCAUCCGUCAAAGACAGUGACUUCAACAGCGUAAUUAGUGUUAUGAUGAAUUGUAAAGAUUUCGAAAAGAAGUUGUCCUUCAACAUUGGAGCAAAGACAAAUUUACUGUCAGAGGUUCGAGGCUUUGGUCGAAUCGUCCGCCACUCCCAUGAUCAGAAGAUCGAGGACAAACCGCUAGCGAACAUCUUUUUUAAGCUUCGGAGUCUGCUGGAGGACCAGACUGAUCUAGCGAACCGACCCGAGGCACAGCAUGCCGUGGAACAACUUAAUCAGCUGCAGUCAGAUGAGCUCAAUAUCAACGCUCAAAAUGAACUGGAGAUGCUCAAGGAAGGAUUACGAUUACGCUUGAAUGACCACUACCAAACCACUUUGGAUAACAUGCCGAUAUCUCCAAUCCUGGCGGAAAAGGAUGCCAAACUCAGUAGUUGUUACGUGGCACCAACAAUAAUUGAGAAAAAUCAUAAGAAAAUAGGCAGAGUUGGCCAAUCAGGCGGUCGAGAAGUAGCAACGUUUUCGGAUAUGUUCUGCCAUGAGGGCCAUUUUUUACGAAACGUGAUUCUGGUUGGUGAACCAGGCAGAGGAAAAACAACUUUCUCCGCAAUGUGUGCUCUAGAAUGGACCCACCAGUAUUCACAAGCAGGGGAAAAAAUUGAAAGAAAAGAGCGCUUUGGUGACUCAGACUUUUUUUUAGAAAGUUUGCAUUUUUGUUCCAUGUUACAUUACGAGAUUCAGGUCAGAAAUGCAAUCUAACUGAAAUGCUAAGGGAUCAAGUUAUUUGUAAAAUCUACAGCACGAAAGAUGUAGCUGGUGGCUUUUGUCUAUUAGAGAACGUGCUGGAAAGUGAAAAAUGUUUGAUCAUAGCUGACGGCCUUGACGAAUGGACUCAUCCGGAAAACAUUCAAUGUACCUGCAAAGCGGACGAAAAGGUUAUCCCUUUUCGAACUUCUGCCAACAGAGCCACAGUCCUCACGACAACGCGUCCAUGGAGACUCUCACAGUUUAGAGUAAAGGAUUCAAAGAUCGAAAAGUAUCUUGAAAUAGAAGGAGUAGAGAAACCAAAUGAAAUUGUGAAAAAGAUUGUUCCUAUCCUUAAUAAGGAUAAUGAUGAUGCACGAAAUCCAGGGGACUUUAUGGUAAUGGUAGAAGCGAUGCAUCUUAAAGAUUUAUUGACAACACCUAUCAUUAUCACCCUACUUGUUUGCCUGUGGUUCGAGGGUGUACCGUUAACCAAUUCAAAGUGUUACAUAUAUGCUGCCGUGAUAAACAUGCUAUCAUGUAGACAUAGGUGUAUAAGAAAGAAGGUUCCGAAAAUUGAACUUCCACCUGUAUUCAAGAAUCACCAAUGCUUCACGCACGAUCCAAACGUUUACCUUGCGCUAGCAAAGUUGGCAUACACAACUUUGUUUUCAGAGUGCCGAGAAUCGUCUGUUGUUUUCAGCAGCGAUAUGGUCAACGCUAUAUUAAAAAAGAAGCAGGUGAAUUUCGCAUUGAAGGCAGGCUUGCUAACAGAGAAGAAAUCCAACUCUUUAAUCAUGAGAACAUCACAUUUUUCAUUCUUUCAUAAAACAGUUCAAGAGUUUUUGUCUGCCCUUCAUUUAUGUUUAAGUGAAACUGACUACAAUCAGUUACUAAGCAAGUACGAACCACAUAACAAGCAAACUGUCUUGGGAGAAGUUUCUCAAGUAUUUAUUUUCAUAUGUGGAAUGAAGCCCAAACUCGCUGUUCAAAUGUCUACAUGGAUCAAUAGUUCAAGACCUCAAACACCAACCUGUCCUGCUGUGUGGACUAUCAACGACGAUGACGCACAGUACGAUAACGAUAAUGUAGCAAGACAAGAACAUUGGCGUUUGAUAUUAUCUGGCUACCGAGAAGCUUAUUCGAGCAAUUUUGGCGACAUUCCGCUAACCCUCCCACACUUCUUUCUUUUACCAAGCUGUGAUGUCAAAACAUUUAAGUAUUUGAUGAACAUAAACAAAGACCGGGUCGAGUCACUUUUUAUCUUUAGAUGCAAUGACACAGUAAGUGAGCAGGAGCUGCAGCAGGUGUUCAGGUUCUCCAGCAAAUCCCUCAAAUUCGUUGCCCUGAGGUACCGUGAAGGGCAGUACGACCUGUCCAAGUGUGACAGGCUGGAAUAUCUAUCUUUGGCGGGCGGCAGUUCUACACAUAUUCAUGUUGAUACAACAAAUAUCAAAAUUUGUAAAUUACAAUUUGUAUCAACGGAGGUUGAAUCAUACAUUCUUAGUUCCCUUAGAAACAAUGAAAUGGGGAGUACGCUGCAAGAACUUGUUUUAUUUGAGGUACAGAACAUAGCGUUACUGUGUGAAACACUUCCAAAACUGUCUCAGUUACAAUAUAUUCGUAUAUCACUUACAAACUUCGGUAAGCUCCACCUACCCCUUCCAGCCUCCAUCAUCAGUAUUGUACUGUAUAGUUUAACAAUAACAGCAGAGGCGGUAUGGAAGUUGAUGAAACGGGUUGAAAACAUUAGGCACAGCGUGGAAUGUGUGAUGGACUGCUGCAGUGUUGAACCUACCACCGAGUUGGAAAAAAUACAGAAGUAUGUGGAUAGUUCGCCAGAAUUCGGUGGUGACGGAAAGAAAACUUUUAAAUUCACCGAUAAUGAUAGAUCAUAGCAGAGAGUGUUGUGUGUAAGAAAUGUUUUGGAUAUGUACAUUUGAAUAUAAAGAAGAAAAAAAACACAAGAAUCAUUAAUCUGUAAAGUAACAUCCUCUUUUUAUCUUAAACAAAUAAAAAUGUAAAGAGUAUUACUCACAAUAUAUUCAAGGAAAUUGAUUUAAACUUUGAUUUUUUUGUAGAAUACGAGUUGAAAA